CUUCUGGUUGCAUGCAUUGUGUGCUCCGUCCGUUCCAUCAUCGCCGCCGGCCCAACCUGUUUCUCCGGGAUGGGAUGGGAUUGAAUGGGAUAGGAAGAGCGCGCAAUCCAUGCCGAGGAGAGCGAGACUUCUUGAUCGUCUUACGUGUCCCGGACGGCUCAGUGCUGUGCUAGAUCUUGAUCGGUUCGAAUCGUAGCGUUGAAUCGUUGGUGGCGGUGGAGUUCUUCCCGGUUUUGCCCUCGUCAGCAAAAGGGCCCCCUUUUGAGGGCGUGACACAGUUUUUAUUUCUUCGGGGGGACUGAGAAUGGUUUUGUGAGUUUGGAACAGUGAGUGACAAAACAUUUGGAGCGUAAUACAGAAUCGAUUAGCACCGCGUUUAGCUAUAGUUCGUAAGAUACAGUGACCUACUUUAGAUAGCGAAGAAGCAUGAUGAGAGUUAACGGUAAAUACCUGUGCGUGAUAUCAUUGGUGAUAUUUUCGAUUAGUGGCAGUGCUUAUACGACUCAGCGGUCGAACUUGCGGGAUGAUGAGGGAAGUCCGUUCCUGGAUAUGGCCUCGGAGUUCCUGCAGUCGCUUGGAAAUCAAAAUGGAGGCGGCGGUGGUGGCAACGCGGCAGCUGGACUGACCGGAAUUGCUUCCAUGUUGUUGCCAUUGAUGGCCAAUGCUAAUGCCGGAGGUGGUGCCAAGUCCAACAAUGACGGAGUUGGAGCGAUCCUGUCCGGAAUUGGAAGCAUGUUGGCUGGCGCCAAUGGUGGAAAUGCCGGAGGAGGUGGCGGUGGAUUUGAUCCCGCUCUAAUUGGCAACGUGAUCCAGAUGUUCGCUGGAGCGAAUGAAGAACAGCAGCCCCAAAGACGAUCCAAUAAACGCCAAAAGCGUCAGCAGAAGGCCGAUGAGGGCAACCCAAUUUUGGACACCGUUCUGACCGUGGCCCAAACUUGGCUGGCCAAUCAGAACAGCGUAGAUCACGAUGAAGAUCGUGAACCCCAACAUCCUGGAUUUAACGGAGAUACCAUCGCCAACCUCCUCCCCUUAGCCGUCCAAGCCUUCCAGUCCUUCUCCGGUCCGGACAUGGAAAAGACUCAGGAAAAGCACAAGGAUCAUUCGUGGGUUCUGCCACCCUUCCUAGAACAUAUCCACGUCAUGUGGGACCAAUUUACCCAAUCUGAGCUGGCGCAAGCCCUCUGGACCAAGAUCGGUCUGGAUACGGUGUUCAAGGGAUUCGUGGGUCGCGAUGGAAAACUGGACUACGAUAAGCUGUUUGCUACGCUGCAGAACCAGAGCUUCCGGCGGCGGUGGAUUAAGGCCGCCACCAUCUACUUGGCUGACUGGGCCAAUUACAUUGCCAAUCCGGAGGUCUAUCAGAGGUACGUUGCCACCGGGCAGAUGAUGGCCAACGGCUUCCUCCAAUCGCAGGGCUACCCCAAGCAGGCCCUCCUCGAUAUCGACCGCCCCAGCGAAAGCAUCUCCAACCUGAUCGAUCACGUCGCUAAAAAGCACCUGCAGGUCAAGAUCAACUCGGUGACGUACGUCAAGCCGGCCGUCAACUACGUCAAGGAUCUGCUCAAGCUGGGCAAAGCCAAGCAGUUCCUCAAGCAGUACAACGUCACCGAAAUGACCGACAAGCUGACCGAUACGCUAAAUUUGGAGGUAAUUGAACCGGUACUGAAAGUUCAUCGUGCCUACCGGCAUGCGAUCCAGACGCCCCACUGCGAUAAGUACAUUCUGUGCGAAAUCAAUUCGCACGAUCCGAACGAGAAGCGGGCGCUCGGCGGCUUCAAGCAGGGCGUGACCCGAUUCGGCAGCAUGGCGGCCUCGUGGUUCAUCAGUCAGGGAACGGGAACACCCUUCUGGACGCUGUUCGCCAUCAUCAACGAUCCGCACAACUGUGAGGUCAAACAUCCGGUCGAUUGCGUAGAAUACCACGAGAACGAAUACCGAGUGUCCACGGAGUAUCCACACAAUGAACUGUAGAAGGAGGACAAUAAAAGCGAUGCAGCGGAGGAGUUGUUCAUAAAAAAAAUGUGAUUGUUACAAGAAACAGGCAGAAAAUCGGGCGAUUUCCAAGACAAAACUGUCUCAAUUGAAAAGAAAGUAGACGAAAAAGAGCACGGAAACGCGUGCGGAGCGCACAUAAAUGGACACCGUGUGUUUUGAAAUUUACAUUUGAUUGGCUAUUGGAGGCGAUAUUCAUUCAUAUAUGCAUACAGAAAGACGUGUGGUGAUGGGCAAAAUAAGGGAGUUCAAAGCGGAACGACGGUAACGAAAAAUCGAUUGCGCGCGCAAAACGCACCGCACCCAUCUAGAUGGAGGAGGAAAAGAAAAUUAGACUUAAAACAAGCUCGUUUCGCGUAACGGUAGCAGCCAUGUGAGUAAACCGUUCAACUGGAUUGGUAUGCAAAAAAAAAAAAACGUUAGAAGGAAGGAAAUGCGAAAUGUGCCUUUUUCAACUUUAAAUGUGAAUUUCAAAACUCGGUCAUGCUGUGCUUGAAAGUUCGGAUCAGUGAGCCUGCUUUGAAGGAUCGGAAAUCGCACCCAAAAACAACAAAAAUCCAAAAAAUAAAUUAAUUUACAAAAAUCUA